AUGUCAGUCGACCUCAUCUCGGUCUUUUUGUUUUUCGGAGGCAUCAUGUUGACGCUGGGAGUUGCCGACGUGUAUGGAUUCGAGCCGCACGGCUUGCACUCAUGCUUGCCGGCGGUUGGGGCGUCGUGCGCCUUGACGGUUUUUCUCACAACUGCACCCGGGGCGCAGCCGCAGGGACUGUUAGGCUCAUAUCUUUUUGCCGCGCUGAUUGGCCUUUCUUUUGCUGAUACAACGCGGUCUCUUGAGGAGCUCCUUGGGCAUUUACUGGCUAGCGUGUUUGCCGUGGUUCUUAUUGCCCCUCCUUGCCAUAUUUUUGGUUUGUUUUAA